AUCAACAGCCAGCAGCAACAGGCACUGCCAGGGCACAGGAUGCCCUAAGAAAGCAGAAGCAGGAGGCUCCCGGGACGCCUGUCCUUCCUGAGUGUUUCUCCUAUGCACUGCUGAGCCCGUGGGCUUACAGGGCAGCUCCUGGGGUGACGGGGCAGCAGCUGCUCCAGGAGGACCUGAGCUCUCUGGGCCGUGAUGAUGGCUGAAGCAAUGGCCACGGUGGACAAUGAGGACCUGUCAGACUAUUUCAGCAUGCAGUACAGGCAGAAUCUGCUGCCCUUGCUCAAGAAACUCAAACUGACUGAGGAGGACUCUCUAUCGCCAUUUAUCCGCCUCCAGGAGAAGAAGAAAGAAACCCAAGAGAUGCAAAGGGUUCUGGAGGAGAAGGAAGAGGCCUUCAGGGUGAGGAUGGAGGGCAUCACCUGCCGGUGGAAGGAGCUCCAGGCCAAGGAGGCCGAGCUGAAGGCUCACAUGAAAAAAUCUGAGAGGACACUAAAGGAAAAUGAUAAGAUGCGAAUCCAAGCUCUAAAGAAAGCUGGCAAAGAAAGGGAGAUGAAGAUACAGAAGGAGAGUGAGCUCUUGAGAGCAAAGAAGGAACUGGAAGCCCUGAAAAUUAAGCACCAGAAACUCAGUGACAGAGUGCAGAACUACUCCAUCUUUGGAACAUACCUGGAGGAUGUGGUGAAGGUAUCACAGUUUGAGGAGAUCCAGGCAAUCAUUUGGCGCUACAAGAUGUUAGUGAGGAUGCGCAAGGCCUUGCUGCAAGCUGACCGUGGGCUCAGGGAGGCAAAGCAGGAAGCCAAGGAACUCAGCCAGUGCGCUGAAGAUGACAGCCUGCAGUACAACAACGACCUGGAUCAGCUCCAACUGCGUUCUCAACAGGCUCACAGGGAUGUUCUCACCUGGGAGUCUCGCUGGGCUGACAUGCAGAAAACAGCUGCCAAGAAAACCCGGGAGCUGGGGACCAUCAAGAUGGCCAUCCUCGGCCUGUUCCAGCAUGUGAGCGAGCAGAUGAAAAGAGGCCUGAAUGUGCCAGUGGAUGACAGCUACACACAGCUGAACGUGAUUCACCAGUUUAUCCAAGACCUCAUGGACAUCUUAAUGGAGGUGAAAAGAAAGGGCAUGCAGAGCCAUUAGCAAGCAGCUAUGCCUAUGGGACUGCGAGGAAGAUGCCAACUUGACCCAAUCUGCCAGCAAAGGCCCAGCAGGGUGGGAAGGCUGAGAAAAGGACAGAGAGCCCCACAGACUUUACCAUAGGUUACAUCAGUGAGGUUUCAUACUUUUCUCACCUUUCUCUCCUGCACUGUCACUCACACCCUCUCAUACUAUUAAAAACAAUAUGUUUUAAGAUGUA